AUGCGCCGUCGCCAAUGGACGGCCCUUGGCCUCGUCGCCUUCGUUACCAUCUGUCUAUUCUCACUAUUCAGAUUGCCGCCAGACCAGCGACCGAUAUCGACGUCACCCCUCUCCAACAACCCUCCUCCACCCGCGCCAGAAGCUGCGAAGCCACCACCCGUUGACGAUGGACCUGGCUACCUGGGCCCCCCUCCCGAUAGACGGCCCAAGCCGGCGACAGGCACUGCCUCGCACCCGAUGUGGCACCUCAUGACCGACGCCGAGAAGGACUUCCAGACGACGCUCAAGAGGCAGUCCAAGACCCUCGAGGAUGCCGUCGCCGAGUACAAGAGACGUUAUGGCAUCCCGCCGCCGCCCAACUUCGACAAGUGGUUCGAAUUCGCAAAGGCCAACGGCGUUCAGCUCAUUGACGAAUUCGACAUGAUACAUGAGAUGCUCACGCCCUUCUGGGGGCUGAAGCCGAAAACGAUACGGGAGCGUGCGAGAGAAGCCCUUGGCUUCGACAACAAGCUGUUGGGCCUGCUGAUUCGCGACCACAAGACAUCGCACAUCCAGGGUGGACAGGACUGGCAGCGCGAGGCAACCGCAGGCAUGAUUGAGAAGUUCAUCCAGUGGCUGCCCAGCAUGGACCUAGCCUUCAACAUCCACGACGAGCCGCGCGUUGUGGUGCCACAUGAAGACUUGGCUCGCCUCGUCAAGAGGGCCAAGGAUGUGAACAUGCCCAAGGCGAACUCAUCCCCGAACCCGUCCAACACCUUCACAAAGCGACACGGAGACCUGAGUGAAGGCAAGAUCAUUGAGGAGUAUAAGCGCACCCGGUUCAACGUCUUCGCCCACCAGCCGACUUGGACUCACUCCCGCAUGUCAUGCCCGCCCGACAGCCCCUCGCGCGGUCUCGAAGAGGACGAACUGUCAGACGACCUGAGCAAGUACGGCGUCAGUGAGCUCGGCUUCAUUUACAACAUCACUGCCAUGUCAGACAUCUGUCUCUCCCCUUCGCUGGGUGAGACGUUCGGCUUCUUCGACCGGCCCAACGCCUACAACAUCGUCCACGACUUGUUCCCCAUCUUCUCCCAGUCAAAGAUCUCCUCCUACAACGAUAUUUUGUAUCCGUCUCCGUGGUACUGGUACAAAAAGGUCGCCUACGAUGAGUCCAAGGAUAUGCCAUGGGAGCAGAAGGAAGACCGCCUCUACUGGCGCGGCUCAACCACAGGUGGCUUCUCUCGCAACGGCGGUUGGCGCCGGCAGCACCGUCAGCACUUUGUUCAAAAGAUCAACGCCGCCGACCAGGCAAAGGUCUACAUCAACCGCGGCGACGAGAAGAACCCCAAGUGGGAGGUGAAGCAGGUCCCCCGCGGCGACUACCGCGACAUCAUCGACGUCUACUUCUCCCACGUCGGCCAAUGUGACCCCGGCGACUGCGACGCCCAGAAGGAAUUCUUCAAGAUCCAGGGCCACGCCGAGCAGCAGGAUGCCUGGAAGUACAAGUACCUCCUCGACAUGGACGGCAACGCCUUCUCGGGCCGUUUCUACGCCUUCCUGCAGUCCAAAUCUCUCACCUUCAAGCUCGCCAUCUUCCGCGAGUGGCAUUUCGAGUGGCUGCGUCCCUGGGCGCAUUACAUCCCCAUGAGCCUGCAGGGCGACGAUUGGCUCGAAGCGGUGCGUUUCUUUGGAGACGGCGCCUUGGGACGCAAUGAGGCGGAGCGCAUGGCCAUCAGCAGUAGCGACUGGGCGAACAAGGUUCUUCGCAAGGAGGACAUGGAGGUUUGGUUCUUCCGCCUCUUGUUAGAAUACGGCCGCGUCACCGACGACCAAAGAGACACGAUUGGUUUCUCAGCAGGAGGGGUUCCGCCGCUGCCAGCGUAG